AUGGCCUUGGUUACAACUGCUGAAGUUUGUGAUGCAAACCCACAGCUCAUUGUGAGUGGUGAGCUGAGGGCACUCCAGCCAAUUUUCGAGAUAUAUGGUCGGCGCCCUGUUUUCUCUGGACCGAUAGUUACCCUUAAAGUAUUUGAAGACAAUGUUUUAGUUCGUGAGUUUCUUGAGGAGAAAGGUAAUGGCAGAGUUCUGGUUGUUGACGGGGGUGGGAGUUUACGAUGUGCAAUAUUGGGUGGCAAUCCUGUCGUGCAAGCUCAGAACAAUGGAUGGGCAGGUAUAGUAGUCAAUGGCUGUGUAAGGGAUGUUGAUGAAAUAAAUGGUUGUGAUAUUGGGGUCAGAGCUCUUGCUUCCCACCCGGUGAAAGCUAAUAAGAAGGGAAUUGGAGAGAAACAUGUUCCAAUAACCAUUGCUGGGACUAGAAUCUGUGAUGGGGAAUGGCUUUAUGCAGACACUGAUGGCAUUCUGAUUUCAAGAACAGAGUUGUCUGUUUGA